UGUGUUAUAUACAGGCUUUGGAAGAAUUUUAUUGACAUUUUCUUCGCCCGAAGUAUUACUAACACUUUUAAAAAUAAUUUCAAAUUCUAUUCUUCACUUAUAUAUUUGGACCAAAUUCGUACGCAUAAAAUUCAGAUUAAAAAUGAUAGCUGAUGUUAAUAAUUAAUUAUACAGAAAGUUCAUUAUUCACAACAUUUUCAACCGUGGAAUUACUUCCUGAAAGCUAACUCUUUCAUUAAACGAGAAGUUAAAACUGUAAUGAAAAUUAUAUAGUGUACAAAUAUCGCAAAAGAACACCUAUUAAACCCACGGAUUGUAUACCUCAAUCGGCCAAAAUGUCUUCAUUGUCACGAAUUAGUCACUUUUGUAUGCAUUUAUGAUUCAUCAAGAUUUGAAAAUUUAGUAAAGAUAUGUGAAUUAAUUAAUACAAAUAUUUUGAAGUAAAUCGUUAAGGGGAUAAAAGUGGUUAUUCAUUCGGAGCACAUGCCAUCUACAUGCCCGCGUUAACCAACAGCUCGAGCAGUGCAGUGUUGCUUAAAAAGACGCUUGUAAUCAUGACUAGUGGCACUCGCCGCGCACCGCGCCAUGUCCAUCAACGAAGGCGGUCGAGUCUCGGCGACGUCUAGCGGGCGAGGCUCACUUUACUCUUCUGACAGCCAGCGGCUGCAAUUGUCUCGACAGCCCGAACUACCGUCCGGCACAGAAUUAUACCGAGAAAACGCCACUGCAAUCAAACAAUGCGAAGAAAAUUGUGGAUACUGCCAACUUCAAUGUCCAAACUGCUCAUCCUACGCAGUACUUUCCGUGCAACGAAUCGAUGGUAAAGUUCAUCAGGUCUGGACUAUCUUGGACAAGCCCUCUGUCAGUAAGAGCUCAACGAUUGAAAAUAAUAGACUUCGAUAUAAUACUGGAGUGAAACCUGAUGUAAGCCAAGCUGAAUUUAGCAAUCAAAACUCCAACGAACUUCUUCUUAACGUAGCGACACUUAGUUCACGACGUGCUAUUCAAUUGACCCCAUAUAAAAGUAACGCAGACUUAGAUGCAUCUGCCCCACCUUUAAGCAGACCUCAGAGCUCUGACUCGGGACUGUUCGACUUGUCGGAAGGACGACCGGUGCCCUUUGCAAAGCGCCUCUGUAUCGAAAGCAUUGCCAAGUACAGUUAUUCCCUUUCACAAGCCAAUAAAAAUAACAGAGUUUCUCCAAGUAACCUAAGUGAGAUGUCUGACGCCGACGAAAAUUCUUCCCGUAAAUCAUCGGCAAACUCAAUGAGACCUUCCUCCGUUAGAGAAGACUCGCCUAUUGUGAAAGAAAUGAAUAAUAAUCCGAUCGAAGGAGGUUAUGACCUUAGUCCAACUCCAGCGGAUAUUGUGACCAUACCAGAGGAGCCUGCCGAGGAACAAGAAGUUCAAAGACAAACUGAGAAGAUCAGAGUUACGAACCCUUUUGAGGAUGGGUACGAAGAACCUAAUCAAGGCAGUCCUAAAAAUCUUUCGAACAGCGAAAGUAUUUCCAAAAAUCCCUUCGACGAGGAAGACCAAAAUCCGUUCAACACAGAAUCGCCAACAUCUUCGUCGUCUAUUCCUCGACUGAGCUCUUCUAAGUCUCGACAAAGUGUGUCCUCUCCAUCAACAAGGCAAUGUUCUAACAUAUUAGAUGUACGAAAACUUAUUCAUCCGGAUAAAGUGUUUCCCAUGGACACACACGACCCUUUGAUUGCCACAGAGAAUGGGAUGUUUGACCCCGAAGCAAGCUUUCGUCAACCGAGUAUAGUUUCCUCAACAGGCCCAACUGUAUUUUCGAAAACGGCUCAGUUAUUAAAGCAUGUGCUGAUAGGGGCUGCUGUAGUCAUCUUGGUCGGAGUUUUGGCCAUGUUUGUGGCCUCACUAAGUAAAUCAAUGAUGAGGUAAUUUGGAUACAUGACUCGAGGUUCAGUAUAUGUGAACGUUUGAGAGGCCAUGAUAUGAAAGACUUGAUCUGACGAGGACACAAAUAUUUGAAGAUCUCAUGGUCAAGUUCUUGAAAAAGUUAAUGCGGAUAAACGCGUCAAGCAACUGACGAAGAAAGCACGAACUGCUGCUACUUGGACGCUGAUAACCAUGUUGGCUUGAUUGCUUGAUAUUAUAAGUAAUCAAAGAUUCUAUUUGUAACAAUAAUAAUGUGAUAUGAUCCCUAUUUUUCUUGGAAUGCUCGCAAUAAAUAUAAAUAAGGUUGUGCCUUAUAGAAUGUACUCGAAUUUUGUAAACCUUCGAACUGUUUUUCCUGCAUUUAGGUAAAGGACUUAGUACGGUUUCUCUUAAAAUUUAAACUUAGAUUUCAUUCGAAUUCAUUCUUUGUUUAGGCUCACAUUUGACAAACUUGAAUCGCAAUUAAGAUGCUUGAAGUGUUCCUUUAGCGAGCGUUGCGUCACUUGCUAUUACAUAGAAUUAAUUAAUUCUCUUGGGAGAGUGACAUGUAUUUAGAUGCAUUUUUUGUUGUGUAAGAGUCAUGAAGUUGAAGUGUUUCGAAAUAUACAUAACGGGUGAUAGUCAGCGUAGAAUAAUGAUGAAAACUUAGAUAAAAAUUGCGGUUAGAAUUGAAAAAUGUGCAAAGAAACUGGCCAGGCCGUGCAUGAAAUCACAAUAAUGUUGUCUCACAAAAAAGUUAACGAUUAUCAUCAUAUUAACUAUUAUUUUGCAUUUUGUUAUUGUUAAUCUCUCAGACUAUUUCGCUGAAUGCAUUCCCAUACUCCAGGAAUAAUAUCUUACUGGCAAAUAAAUUAAUCUACGGGGUUUGCUCCGUAUAUUUAGGUAUCUCAAUCAUGUCUCAAUUUUCAACAAACGCUGUCUUCUAUCAAACAACGAAAUUUGAUAAUGAAGAAGCUCAUCCAAAACUUAGCUAUAUUGCAAUAAUAAGAAGUUUAUGGCAGCUAACUGUCGUAGUAAAUGAUUUAUUGAUAAAACAUAUGAAAUUUGUGGUUAAUCAAAAAUUCGGCUCCAUUUCAACAUUUUCGUGACUAUUUGAACAGUUCAACAUUUUCAUGACUAGUUGAACAAUUCAACAUAUACAUGACUAGUUGAUCAAUUCAACAUUUUCAUGACUAUUUAGUCCCUCACUGCGUUAGUCGAGUAGAAUAGAAACAUUUGCCUCUGGUCUCAAAUAAAUCUCAAUUAAAUUAAAAGUAUAAAAUUUAGUUUUUGGUGCAUAUCGUCUGUGAGAUAUUGUCGAAAAUCAUAGAGGAACUCAAAUUAUCAUGAACAUUCCUACUGAUGAACCGAAUGUCACGAUAACUUUCAAUUAUCAAAGCUUUAUCGCGGAUAUGGAAGAUUUAAAAUUGAUAUUAUAGGUGUGUUGAGAGUCAGCCAGCAUCAGGCAAUUAAACGUCAAAUGAAUCAUACACACGAGCGUCCAAAUUUCAAAUAACUGCUUUUAAAUACGUAAAAGAAAGUAUUUUGAAUGUGAAGUUUAGCGCGAAUUCCAGUCAGUAGAGCGAUCACAGAGCGAUCAACAGGUUUAGGGAAAGAGAAGAGUAUGGAAAUUGGUACAAAAUAUUUGUUAAUAAAAUUGAGAUAAUUUAGAACUGGGAAAGCAAUUGUUCCUUCAUUUAAAUCAUUUUUAAAUUUAAUCAUUUAAAUGUUCCAUUUUUAAAUUUAAACCUUCUAUUGGUGCACAACAGAAGAAUGUUCUCUGUUAUACAAUAUCGAUUUAAAAUCGGAGAGCAGGCAAAAUAUGGCCAGCUAACUAAUGCAGUGAACUGUUGACCCAAAAAGUUUCAAAUUAUUUUCAUGUUAAAUUAGAACAAACUUCAAUAAAAAUCAGCCAGAUGCAGAGUUUGAUUUUAAGAAAUGAGCUGUGUCUGAUUGUUGGUGAUUCAAAAUGUACCAUGAGUACUGUUCAUCAUUAUCACAUUCGUUUAAGUCCUUAUUAGUUAGGUCACUUAAAUGCUGUUGUUCAUGUGUAAGUGCGAAAGAAUUGUAAAUUCAGCCACAUUUGUUGUAUCUUUGUAUCUAAUCUGCCUAAUAGUGAAGUAUCGAAUCAAUAUUUAGAGCUGUAAAUAUUUUCCUACUACAGAUAUAAGUUUUUAGGUUAUUAUUAUUGAUCGAAUUGCCAUCUAUUCUGAAUAUUUUUCAGUUUACCCUAGAAGGAAAGAAGAAAACUUAUGAAAGAAAAGAUUAUCUCCAAGGCAUACUCAUGAAUGUUGAUAUGAGGCUCUUUAAAUGGAUUGAAUAUGACAAACAAAUUUAUUGGUUGAAAGGCCUGAUCCAAGAAUUUAU